GCCGCGCGCACCCAGCCCUUUAAAAACCGCCGGCUCUGACAGCUCGGCCGGCUGCCGUGGUCCCCGCGCACCUGUGUCCCCACGCUCCCUGUGCUCGCGAGCUGCUCCGCUGCGGCCGAGGCCAGGCGUGCGCUCUCGGCGGCGGGACCCGCUCGGCCGGCGCGCUCUCCAUGCGGCCACCCACCAUGUCUGGGCACUGUCUGCUCGCGCCCAUCCCCGAGUCCUCCUCCGACUACCUCCUGCCCAAGGACAUCAAGCUGGCCGUGCUGGGUGCCGGCCGCGUGGGCAAGAGCGCAAUGAUUGUGCGCUUCCUGACCAAGAGAUUUAUUGGCGACUAUGAACCGAAUACAGGCAAGUUGUAUUCACGGCUCGUCUACGUCGAGGGAGACCAGCUCUCCUUGCAGAUCCAGGACACCCCGGGGGGCAUCCAGGUCCAAGACAGCCUGACCCAGGUAGGUGAUACCCUGGCCAAGUGCGUGCAGUGGGCAGAGGGCUUUCUGCUGGUCUACUCCAUCACAGACUAUGACAGCUACCAGUCCAUCCGCCCCCUUUACCAGCACAUCCGGAAGGUCCACCCUGACUCCAAGGCCCCUGUCAUCAUCGUGGGCAACAAGGGGGACCUUCUGCAUGCCCGGCAGGUGCAAACGCAUGAUGGCAUUCAGCUGGCCAAUGAGCUGGGCAGCCUGUUCCUUGAAAUUUCCACCAGCGAAAACUACGAGGACGUCUGUGAUGUGUUUCAGCAUCUCUGUAAAGAAGUGAGCAAGCUGCACAGCCUCAGCGGGGAGAGGAGGAGAGCCUCCAUCAUUCCCCGGCCGCGCUCUCCCAACAUGCAAGACCUCAAGAGGCGCUUCAAGCAGGCUCUGUCUUCCAAAGUCAAAGCCCCCUCUGCCCUGGGGUAAACCCAUCUCACACAGACUCAGCUCCUUUUUAUUGUGCAUUUGUGCAGCUGAAAAAGACAGGGGACCUCCCUUUUUAAUUACAUAUUCAAAGUUUAUUUUUAUACAAACUGUUGGUUUUCAAGUGUAUGUGUAUUUCUGAAAAUUCAGUGAUUGCCUAGAAGUUGGAGAGGUUUUUUUUUUAAAUAAUUUUUUUUUUUUACUGUAACUGCUAGCCACUUUCCCAUUAAAGGCAAAAUGGCAACAUUGCUCCUUGUUUUUUAAAUGUCUUUUUAUAGAAAUCAUACUUGCACCAGAGCCCAGAAUGGCUCCAUGCUUGCCCUCAGCCUGAACUCCUAUUGGUGUCUUGCGGUAGGGGAGCCGAUGUAGAGGCAAUCUGUUGUGGGAGAAAGCAAAGAAUGUGGAGGAGAAAAGAUUUGAAGCAACUGCAGGAUGUCUUUAAUUAGGGCACUUUGCCACAGGCAUGAAAUUGAUACCAUGUGAUUUUCAAGGAAAGGGGUUCACAGCAUGCUGGUGCUAACAAAUCACAAACAUGAAGAGCAGUUUUAUUUAUUGGUGCAAAUGGAAGUCUACUCUCUCCACCUGUAUUAGAAAAUAAAAAUUC